AUGAUAAGAUUUGUUCAGCUACAACAAAUGUUGUUACCUAUUGAUUGUAAUCAAGCACCACCUGAAUUGGUGGAAAUUUGUCAUCAACUUCGUCAAUUUGAUGUAGCAGCAAGAGCAGCCAUAUCAUUUGCCGCUCCGCAAUCUCAACUAAUCAUGCCGCACACUGAUCCGCUUUCGUCUGUGCCGCAUCAGUCAUCGCUUACUUCAACAGUUUAUGAUUGUUUGAAUUUGCAAUGCUUAUGUCCAUAUUUUGGAGGUGGUUUAUCACCGGACGGAAAAUGUCAUUUGCGUAAUGGUCGAAUACUGGAACGAGCAAUCCGGAAAGAAAUCCGAAUGUUGAAUAAGGAUGAAAGAGAACGAUUUUUUACUGCAAUUCAACAACUUAAAGCUUCAGGAGAGUAUAAUCGCUUAGCAGAUAUACAUCGACAGGAAGCGUCAGAAAGUGGAGCGCAUGCCGGGCCAUCAUUUUUGCUAUGGCAUCGAGAAUUUAUAAAAAGGAUGGAAAUUGCAUUACGUUUGAUUGAUCCAUCGAUUGCAUUACCGUACUGGGAUUCAUCCCUUGAUCAGCAUUUAUCUGAUCCACGUGAUUCAGUCAUGUGGAGUGAAAUGUUAAUGGGAGAAAGUAAUUCAAAUGGCGAAGUAAUUAAUGGGCCAUUUGCUAGAUUCAUUACACUUGAAGGUCAUCCAGCUAUAACAAGGAAUCUUGGAGAAGAGGGACAUUUGUUUACAGAUGAAAAUAUUAAUACAGUUUAUGGUAAAGAUACAAUUGAAGGAAUAUUAGCGUAUACAGCAUCAACAAAAGCAUGUCCAUAUCCACCAAAUUUCUCUGCCCUAGAAUAUUAUCAUGCUAGUGUUCAUAUCUGGAUAGGUGGUGAUAUGAAGCCACCAUUGACCUCUGCUAAUGACCCCAUCUUUUUUCUUCAUCAUUCAUUUGUUGAUUAUAUAUUUGAAAAUUGGCGACAAAUGCAUCAAAAUCGAAUACAGCGUGAACAAGAUUAUCCCCAAGAGAUCACAACUUGUUCAACUCCACGUCAUUUUGCUAAUGCAAAUAUGCGACCAUUCAAUUUAGUAAACAAACACGGUUUAUCAAAUGCAUAUACGGAUUACUUAUAUACUUAUGCGCCACGGCCAAAUUGUAGCGCUAAUGAACCAACUUGCCAAUCGCAAUUCUUAUUUUGUGAUUUACGAAAUGGUCCUGCACAUUGUGUUUCAAAAAUUAAACUUGGAAAACGAUGUGAAAAAUUUAUUGGUGAAGAUGCAUGUUAUAUGGGAAUUUGUUUAGAUGGUUAUUGCAAAUUAAGGAAUGCUACUUCGAUUUCAUCAACAAUUUCUACAUCGCAAUCAUUUCAACAUAUCACUACAUCUUUACACAUCACUAAAUCACCAUUUCAACAACAUACAAGUUUAUCUGAAAUGCAACAAAUUAGAAAUGCGUCAAUUUCUGGUCAAAAUCGUAACACUAUUAAAGCAACAACAACAGCAAUGCAAACAGCAUGUCUUAAUGAUGAACCAUGCUGUAAUUUAUGGGCUAAAAAUGGUGAAUGUCCAAAUAAUGUCGAAUAUAUGAGAAUGCAUUGUCGUCGAAGUUGUAAUUAUUGUCAAAGCACUGAUAAUAGACGAAAUGGUUGUUUCGAUCGACAUAUUUCAUGUUCUUAUAUGCGAUUGCAAGGUGAGUGCAAACAAAGAACAAAAUGGAUGGCAGAAAAUUGCCAAGCUAGCUGUGAUUGGUGUAAUAUAUCAGCUUAUGAUCUAUGUAUCCGAACAGCUUUAAUUAAUUAA